AUGUGGGCGUGGUUUGUCCGGAAUACGGGUGUGUGUCGGCCCUGCUGGGCUGCAGUAGAGUGUGAUCUGUCUGUCUGUCUGUCCGUCCGUCUGUCUGUCUGUCUGUCGGUGGUCAUGGCGGAGUCCGGCUCUCAGCCCCGAUAUCACUUCAUCAUCUUCGGAGCUUCGGGCUUCACCGGCCGCUUCGUGCUGGAGGAGGUGGCGCGCUGUGCGGGGGAAGCCCGGGAGGAGCUGCGCUGGGCGGCCGCGGGCAGGAGCAGAGCCCGCCUGGAGACCGCGCUCACCCAGGCCGCGGAAGCGCUCGGUAAGCCGGAGCUGAAGACGGAGGUGGAUAUCAUCGUGGCCGAUGUGGACGAUCCGGAGUCUUUAGCUGAGAUGUGUAAACAGGCGGUGAUUGUUCUCAACUGUGUGGGACCAUACAGGUUCUAUGGAGAGCCGGUGGUGAAGGCGUGUGUGGAGAAUGGAGCACACUGCAUCGAUAUCAGUGGAGAACCUCAGUUUUUGGAGAGCAUGCAGCUGAACUAUGACAGCCAGGCGGCUGAAAAGGGCGUGUACGUCGUGGGAAGCUGCGGAUUCGACUCCAUUCCUGCAGACAUGGGUGUCCUGUACACCAGGGACCAGUUUAAAGGGACUCUGACGGCGGUGGAGAGCUUUCUGACGGCGAGUAUGGGACCUGAGGGUGGCUGCAUCCACGACGGUACGUGGCAGUCGGCCGUGUACGGACUCGCGGACAGCGACAAACUCCGCAGCCUGAGGAAGAAGUUCAGCCACAAACCUCUGCCCGUGGUCGGGACCAGGAUCAAGCGCAGAGGCGCUCUGUUCUACAGUGAUGAGAUCCAGCAGUACGCUGUUCCCUUCAUGGGCGCCGAUCCAUCAGUGGUGAAGAGAACUCAACGGUUCCUUUCUGAGGAACACCAGGAAAGCCCAGUUCAGUACGGCGCCUACGCUGGAGUCGGUGGGGUCUCCUCCGUCAUGAAGCUGCUCUUUGCUGGUCUGAUGUUCUUCCUUCUGGUGAAGUUCAGUUUUGGCAGGAAGCUCCUGAUUAAGUUUCCAGAGUUUUUCUCUUUCGGCUUCUUCUCCAAGGAGGGUCCGACUAGAAAACAGAUGGAGGGCUCUUCUUUCCGUUUCGCCUUCUAUGGAGAAGGUUACACUGAGGGUCAGGACCCCUCACAGGGGAAACCUAACGCCAAGAUCCGCACGCUCGUCCAGGGACCAGAGGCUGGUUACGUCGCUACGCCGAUCGCGAUGGUGCAGGCGGCCAUUACCAUCCUAAACGAACCUGAUUCCCUGCCCGAGAAGGGCGGCGUCUACACUCCUGGAGCCGCUUUCGCCAAGACCACCCUCAUCGACCGCCUCAACAAACACGGCAUCCAGUUCUCCGUUCUUUAACGCAGUUAGAAACGGGACGUCCAGCAUCCUGACCCCAGCACGGCUCCGUUUACUCUCUCAAGCGAUUACCGAGUUAGUUUAAAGCUGCUUAAAGACCUGGAUACGCUGAGGAGAUGCAACCAGGAGAGCUGUAAAGCUGUUUAUGUGAACUAGCAGCACUUCUCUCUGAUUGCCUCCUUCAUCGUCAUUACCCAGAUUACGUGCGUCAAGGUCUGAGGCAGAUUGUCAGAGCAAAUGAUGUUCUUUCAGUGUCUCCAGGUCUGAAAGCUGGUUUAUACCGUUUCCCUUCUGUCUUGCAGUUUUAGCAUCAGUGUGAAUUUAACCUGAGCUGUGAGCUUCUGCACUCUGCUUCUCUGAUCUCCACUCGAACUGCUCCGCGUUCCUGUUCUGGGUUUUUUAGGGUUUGAAAUGUUAGUCUGAAUUUUGUGAAUUUGUAUUUUUUUCACUGUUGCUUUUGCACUAAUAGACCAACAGCCACAGAUUCCGGGGAGGUUUGUUAAUCGUGGUUCCAGUUGAUGGUUUUAAGCCUCGUCAAGGCUAAUUUUAAUAUGGGAGGAUGUUUGCACGACCAAAAAUAAGUAACUUGGACCUUCUGAUUGUGAAAAUGGAAAGUUCGACAGCUUGUAGGUUCAUCAAGUGUAAAAGCCCUGAUGGAAGUGAGAUCGUUGGUGAAAGCUGCGGCUUUUUCUGAGGCGCCUGGCUCUUCUGUCUGCCUGCAGCUGCUUCGGUUUGUUUCAAGUCUAAAUAAAAAAACAUACCAACGUAAAA